AUGUCAGAUAAGAAGAAGUUAAAGGUUAUGCUUCUGCUCGGUUUACCUGUUCUCGGGUUUAUCGCCUGGUUCAUUGGAUAUAUGGCCUACAAGGGUCACAUGUUCUGGGAAGAAGCGGAGUUCCAAAGGGUCCAGGAAGAACAGAAGAUCAAAGAGAGCACCAUGUUUCCCGAAUCCAUUCUCAAAUCCGAUCAGCAAGAGGUUCGGAACAAGAAUAAGUGGAGCAAAGGGUACAUGUACAACCGUCGAGCUCUGCCAAUUAACUAUCCGGUCAUGAUCAUGUCAAGUCCAACCACCUCUCCAACCGAGAUUACGUCGCUCUCAACUGUAUCUUCCGUCAAAGUUCCAGUCAUGAGAAUCAGCGUCCCUUUUACAUCUUAG